AUGGCCCGCCAGGGCGCCGCCGCGCCGGCUCUGGCCCUCGCGCUCCUGGCGGUGGCCCUGACCCGAGCCGGUACUCAGGCCUGGGUCCCCGAGGACGCCGACUACGACGUUCAGGAAACCUGGAGCCGGGAGCCCUACUACGCGCGCCCGGAGCCCGAGCCCUUCUCGCCGCAGCCCUCCGGAACCAGGGAGGAGGCGCGGGAGCCGCCUGCGCCCAGGCCACCCAAGAAGGCGACCAAGCCCAAGAAGGGGCCCAAGAAGGAGAAGCUGGCUCCGGAGACGCCGCUGACGCCAGGUAAAAACAGCAACAGAAAAGGUGCAAGGACCAAGAGCUUUGAGAAGGCUGCUGGUGAAGAUCAGAGCACCCGUGCGGCCCAUGAGGAUGGCAGACAGAGUUGCCCACCUCUUGGACUGGAAACCCUGAAGGUCACCGACUUCCAGCUCCAUGCAUCCACAACCAAGCGCUACGGCCUGGGCGCGCAUCGGGGGCGACUCAACAUCCAGGCAGGCAUUAAUGAAAAUGACUUCUACGACGGGGCGUGGUGUGCAGGAAGAAACGACCUCCGCCAGUGGAUCGAAGUGGAUGCCCGGCGGCUGACUAAAUUCACUGGCGUCAUCACGCAGGGAAGGAACUCGCUCUGGCUGAGUGACUGGGUAACAUCCUACAAGGUCAUGGUGAGCAAUGACAGCCACACAUGGGUCACUGUUAAGAAUGGAUCAGGAGACAUGAUAUUUGAAGGAAACAGUGAGAAGGAGAUCCCUGUUCUCAAUGAGCUGCCUGUCCCCAUGGUGGCCCGCUACAUCCGCAUAAACCCGCAGUCCUGGUUGGACAAUGGGAGCAUCUGUAUGCGGAUGGAGAUCCUGGGCUGCCCACUACCAGAUCCUAAUAACUAUUACCACAGACGGAAUGAAAUGACCACCACCGAUGACCUUGAUUUUAAGCAUCACAACUAUAAGGAAAUGCGCCAGUUGAUGAAGGUCGUGAAUGAAAUGUGCCCCAAUAUCACCAGAAUUUACAACAUUGGCAAAAGCCACCAGGGCCUGAAACUGUAUGCUGUGGAGAUCUCGGACAACCCUGGGGAGCACGAAGUUGGUGAGCCCGAGUUCCACUACAUCGCCGGCGCCCAUGGCAACGAGGUGCUGGGCCGCGAGCUGCUGCUUCUGCUGAUGCAGUUCUUGUGCCAGGAGUACUUGGCCCGCAAUGAACGCAUCGUCCACCUGGUAGACGAGACCCGCAUUCACAUCCUGCCGUCCCUCAACCCCGACGGCUACGAGAAGGCCUACGAAGCGGGCUCGGAGCUGGGAGGCUGGUCCCUGGGGCGCUGGACCCACGAGGGGAUCGACAUCAACAACAACUUCCCGGACUUAAACACGCUGCUCUGGGAAGCGGAGGACAGACAGAAUGUCCCAAGGAGAGUUCCCAAUCACUACAUUGCCAUCCCGGAGUGGUUUCUGUCCGAAAAUGCCACGGUGGCGGCGGAGACCAGGGCGGUCAUUGCGUGGAUGGAAAAAAUACCCUUUGUGCUGGGUGGAAACCUGCAGGGUGGGGAGCUGGUGGUGGCAUACCCCUAUGACAUGGUGCGGUCCCUGUGGAAGACCCAGGAGCACACACCCACGCCUGACGACCAUGUGUUCCGCUGGCUGGCCUACUCCUACGCCUCCACCCACCGCCUCAUGACGGACGCACGGAGGAGGGUCUGCCACACGGAAGACUUCCAAAAGGAAGACGGGACGGUCAAUGGGGCUUCUUGGCACACUGUUGCUGGAAGUCUGAACGAUUUCAGCUACCUUCACACAAACUGCUUCGAGCUGUCCAUCUAUGUGGGCUGUGACAAGUACCCCCACGAGAGCGAGCUGCCGGAGGAGUGGGAGAACAACCGGGAGUCCCUGAUCGUCUUCAUGGAGCAGGUUCAUCGUGGCAUCAAAGGCACAGUAAGAGAUCCACACGGGAAAGGAAUUCCAAACGCCGUGAUCUCCGUAGAAGGUGUGAACCAUGACAUCCGAACAGCCAGCGAUGGGGAUUACUGGCGCCUCCUGAACCCAGGCGAGUACGCGGUCACUGCCAGGGCAGAAGGCUUCACCGCGUCCACCAAGAACUGUAUGGUGGGCUACGACAUGGGGGCCACUCAGUGUGACUUCAUGCUCAGCAAAACCAACUUGGCCAGGAUUCGCGAGAUCAUGAAGAAGUUUGGCAAGCAGCCCGUCAGCCUGCCAGCCAGACGGCUGAAGCUGCGGGGGCGCAAGAGGCGACAGCGCGGGUGAGCUGCCCAACACCUGAGACACAGCCCGGCCACACAGAUCCAAACCAGCCCUGGUCGGAGCUCCACGCUGACUCCACAGCUCACUCUUGUUUUCUCUGUAAUCCAAGAAACACCCGAGGGAAGGUGUGCAUUGCGAGACUGGUCCCCAAGGUUCGGGCUGGAGGCCAAGGAUGUUUUCUUUUCUUUGUUCCAUUUAUCCAAAUAAUUUGGGCAGAGCAGCAGAAGAAGGCCAGCAGGAGUGGGAGAAUUCAGCAGCCCCCCUGGGAAUAGGAGAGAGUUGUGAGCUUGCUCAUUUGGGGUCCCCUGCCUGCACAGGGAGGGAAAUCGGGGUGUCUCCUCUUUGCGUGACAGCCAGAGCAAAACGUGCACUUGGAAAGUGCUCGGGGAAAAUCUCAGCGUUCCAGGGGCCCUGCUGCCUCAGAUGUCACCAUUCCGGAUGCUCACUGGCAAGUGAAGAGAUUCUGUGCUCUCUGGCCCUGGGCGCCACGCUGUGCACAGAAACCCUGCACUCUGCUGACAAUGGGGACGGCAGCAAGUGAGCAGCAGGGAGCCUCUGAGCCAGCUUAGUUUUCCUUUUCAACAAAGGGUGGUGCUCAUGAAAGGCGGUAGAAGCUGGGGUCGCUCAGGCGGGAUUGUUAGGCUACAGGCAUGCAUUGAGCUUGAUACAUGCGUGCUCCAUCCACAGGGGGACCCAAGCUUCCCUGCUGGGCCAGUCACUCCAGGCUCCCCAGGCCAGGAGAGCCAGAGGCGCCAGCCUUCCUAAGUGACCAGAACAUGCAGACUGUUCCCCUCUUUGACCAACUAGGGCUUGAAGAAAGAACCAGAAGGAGGCUGACCCACCCUCCUCUUUCUGUUGGAGGGCCUUGCUCCUUUCUUGGGAACUAGUGCUCCCAUGUUGGCCUAACACCCAUGGGAGAGUUAUUUUGAGUGUGUGAAUUGUGGGAUCUUCCAAAUUCAGCUAAAUUUGAUGAAAAACUCUUAGGAAUAUGUGUGGCGCAUCAGUUUGGGAGGGGUUAUGGAAUUCCCAUGCAAGAAAACGGUUGUGUCUCACUUUGUAUUGAUGUUGCUGCCUGAUCAACCCAGGAAGAAUGAAAAAAUAAAGCAAAAGGUAAGAGCCUCGUGCUAUGUGAUUUCCGUGACUUC